AUCAAAAGCUUUCAAGCUUUUCUACGAGCCAAAGAGUUGGCAGCACUGCUGUAGAGAAUUCGAGCGGAGGCGAAAAACUGCGUAUGAAAUAAAAACAGUGUGGUUUCUUCGGAACGCAACAGAAAAUAAAUUCGUGUGGUCAGUGAAAACUGGGAAAAUCUGCAAUAGAUCGUGUGCGUGAGACGGGCAUUAGGCAAUCGCAGUCGGAAAACGAGCAGGGCAGACAAAAAAACAGCUGUGGCAGUGGAAAGGGGACCAGAAAAGUAUAUCCACAAAGUGCGAAAGGUCAGCAGAAGCAGACGGCAAGGAGCGUAAAAUAAAUAUUCUCUGUUCUGUCGCGCCUGUAGUGUUUGUGUGCGAGUGUAAGUGGCAGUGUGCGUGUGCGUCGUGUCGGUGUGGCUGUGUUGUGUGGUGUGUGUCUCUAGCUGUCACUUUCUGGCGCGCGCACAAGAUAUACACAAAUUGAAAACGGUGGCCACCAACACACACCCCCCCUCCGACCAGACCCCCUCAUCUCCUUCGCCUUGAUGUGCUGCGCGCCCGGUUCCGGUGCCGUUGCCGUUGCCGUUGCCAUUUGGUUCCCGUUGUCCCACCAACGCAGCGCAUUAAGUGCAUCCAGCUCCAGUGCGGCCGUGUGAGAGCGAGCGAGUGAUCCAGAAAAAGAGGGAGCAACAGAAGGAGAAGGAGCAGCAAGGGAGCUCGUUGCCGGUACCGUUGUACAGAGAACAGACCAGGCGAUCGAUCCGAUCAGCAAGCAGCAGCAGCAGCAGCAGCAGCAGCAGGAGCAGGAGCAGCAGCCACAAAUAAGAAAGAGCAGUCGGAGCAGGAAGAGGAGGUAGCAUUCCAGUUCCAGGAGCCCGCCAGGAACCGAGCCGAGCCCGCCCCGCCCCCGCCGACGACAUCCUGAGAUGUUGCCAUUCACCCCGCAGGUGGUCAAGCGUUUGUUAGCACUCAAAAAGGGCAGCGAGGACAACAGCGUCGAGGGUAAGUGGUCAGAGAAGGCCGUCAAGAAUCUGGUGAAGAAGAUCAAGAAGAACUCGCAGUUGGAGGAGCUAGAGCGGGCCAUCUCCACACAGAACUGCCAGACGCGGUGCGUGACGGUGCCGCGCAGCAAGCCAGCUCCCGCCGGCGAGCAUCUGCGCAAGGGUCUGCCGCACGUCAUCUAUUGCCGCUUGUGGCGCUGGCCGGAUCUGCAGUCGCAGAAUGAACUAAAGCCGCUGGAUCACUGCGAGUACGCGUUCCAUUUGCGCAAGGAGGAGAUCUGCAUUAAUCCGUACCACUACAAGAAGAUCGAGCUGUCCAUUCUGGUGCCCAAGUCGCUGCCCACGCCGCCCGACUCCAUUGUGGACUAUCCCCUGGACAACCAUACGCACCAGAUACCUAACAACACCGACUACAAUGCUGCGAUAAUCCGCAGCGCAUCGCUUAGUCCGCCGCAGUACAUGGAAUUGGGCGGCAGCGGCCAAGGUCCCGUCUCCGUCUCAUCUGCCGGCUCAACGCCUGCCUCCGGCUCCGCCAGCGGUAGCGGUGCCUGCGGUGCCUCCUCCUCGUCGUCAUCGUCAACCGCCUCCUAUCAUCAGCAGCAGCAGCAGCUGUCCUUCGGCCAGAACAUGGAUUCGCAAUCGAGCGUGCUUAGUGUGGGUAGCAGCAUUCCCAACACGGGCACCCCGCCGCCCGGCUACAUGAGCGAGGAUGGCGACCCCAUUGAUCCCAACGACAACAUGAAUAUGUCGCGUCUAACGCCGCCCGCCGAUGCAGCGCCAGUGAUGUACCACGAGCCGGCCUUCUGGUGCUCCAUCUCCUACUACGAGCUGAAUACGCGUGUUGGCGAGACCUUCCAUGCCUCGCAGCCCUCGAUCACGGUGGACGGUUUCACCGACCCUUCCAAUUCGGAGCGCUUUUGCCUGGGCCUGCUCUCCAAUGUGAACCGCAACGAGGUGGUCGAGCAGACGCGCCGACACAUCGGCAAGGGCGUCCGGCUCUACUACAUUGGCGGCGAGGUCUUUGCCGAAUGCCUCAGCGACUCGUCCAUAUUCGUUCAGAGCCCCAAUUGCAAUCAGCGUUACGGCUGGCAUCCGGCCACCGUCUGCAAGAUCCCGCCCGGAUGCAAUCUGAAGAUCUUCAAUAACCAGGAGUUUGCCGCCCUGCUGUCGCAGUCGGUGUCGCAGGGCUUCGAGGCCGUCUACCAGCUGACACGCAUGUGCACCAUCCGGAUGUCGUUCGUCAAGGGCUGGGGCGCCGAGUAUCGUCGCCAGACGGUCACUUCAACGCCGUGUUGGAUCGAACUGCAUCUCAACGGACCGCUUCAGUGGCUGGACCGCGUCCUCACGCAGAUGGGAUCACCGCGGCUGCCGUGCAGUUCGAUGUCGUAAGGCGUUCGCGGCCGUUUUAAAUGUUCGAGGAGAAAUGAGCGCGUAAGCUGACAAAAAAAAGAAUCCCUAAAAACAAAACCGUGGUUGAGCUAGUAGCAAGUAACACUGAAGAAAGGAAUAUUCUAUGGGCCAGGUCUGAAUCGUUCUUUUCUAGUAGUAUUAGCGGAAACUAAGUUGAAUGUAUGUAUGUUUUAAAGAUAACAUUCUUGAAUGUUUUUCACCUUUUUAACCAAAUCCGAGUUAAAUUAAGUUUAUGUUUCUGUGUUUUUUCCUUUUUUUCUGCUAGGAUUUAAAAUGUUAUUAAUUCCGCCAUUAAUGCAAACAAAGUAAAGUUCAGAAUCGGUUGGCGCUCUAUUAUAAUUAUAAAUGCUUUAAAAAGCACACAAAUUAUAUAUAAUAUCUUGUUGGAUUCACACUCUAGUUCUAAGUAAAUUACACUUAAAACGCCAAAAAAAACAACCGAAGGAAAUUUGUGAAAAUGUAAAAAUUUUCCCAUUCUUUCUUUGAAAUUUUGUAGAAUUUCCCCUUCAGCGUUACUUGAGCAGGGCUUUAACCGAAAAUUAUGAAAAUGAGAAUGAAAAACCAAGAAAAACUCUGAGAGCACAUAUGAAAUAAGUUCAGGCAAAUUAUAUACGAGUACGUAAUUGAAACAAACAAAAGAAAAACACAAGAUUCAGAUACAGAUAUAUAUAUCUAUAUACAAAGAGCACACACAAACUUACAUGUGGAAUAUAUACAAGCAUAUAUGAUAUGAAAUAUGAGAGAAAGAGAGAGAGAGCAUGUAUUUGGCGUUACAACUUUAGGACUAUAUAUUGCGUAAAUAAUGGAGCAGCUCCAGAACCAGAACCUUUUUUUUUGGAAACAUUUUACACAGAAAUUGAAAAAUAUAAGGAAAUAACCGAGACAGACAGAGACGCCCGGUAAAUCUGUGUGGAGUUGUGGUUACUGUUGGUUAGCGCUGGAAGCGACAGAAAUUCUUUGAGAAAGAAGCAAAACAAGGAACAAAUAAUGGUGAUUUUGGAACAGGAACGCUGAGGACGAUGAGUGGAAAACAGAAACUGGGAUUUAUCAAGCUUGAAGCUUACACACACAGAGCCAACACAGACACAGACCAUAUUCGAUAUACCAUAUACCAUAUACCAUAUAUACCAUACAUUGCAAAUGUACAUAAGACCAAAUGAAAAGGAUGAAGUGAAACACGCAAGGACCUCCACUGGAUCAGACAGACGAUGGUUGUUGAACGCCUCUUGGAACGGAGUUAGAGUCGUAGUCGGACGGAGUCUAGCAGCUUGAGCCGCUCUCGUUAGUUUGUAGUCGUAUAUAUGUAUCCGUUAAAGGUACAUAUCGAGGCCUUUCGGGAAGAGUAUCCUUGUGACUUGUGCCAUGGGAUACCUUUGCGGAAAUGCGCCGAUAUGUGUAUACAUGUAAAAAGCACUUGUCCGGCAUAAUUUCGAGUACAUCAACCAAUCGCAAACCAAGUCCCAUUUUCAGAAAUGCAUUUAUUGUAAAAGAUUCGAUUCGAUUCGAUUCGAAUUAUAAGCUCAAGUGUCAAUUACGGCGUUUGUAUCUGAAUACCGAAUGCAAUAUGGUUUGCCGGUUGAAUGAUCGGUUUUAGCUUGGCAAAUGCUCGUUUUUCUUGGGUCUAGAUCUUAAGUCAUCAAUAUACAUACAUAUAUAUAUACAUAUAUAUAUGUAACGAAAUUUCGCUAGCUUCUUAUCCUGAGCCCAACAAUCUCGAUUUAAGUUCUUUUAUUCUUUUGUUAUUUUUUACUUCAAGCUGUUUUUAAACUUUCUUUUUGGUUCUGUCGGUUUAAACCAAAAACAUAACAUAACUUUACCGCUCAACAACCAGUGUGGGAUAGCGCCAUUGAAAGGCGUAUUUUAAAUUUAAGUUUUACCCAUUUUUUUGUUCUAUAUUUUUAAAUACCUAUUUUUUCUCAAGUGACGAAGUGAGGAAGACGACACUUGAUCCUGAUUGGCAGUCAAUCGAAUAAAAGAUUGCGUUAAUUUGA